AACGAUACACCCUUUAAGACUAUUGCACGCAUUAAAUUGCUUUUCAUUCCCGAACUGGGCGGCAGAUCAUUUCCCAAGAAUGAUUACUGUUUGGAUGAUGAUUUUUGCAAAAGGUUGAAUUGUCACCCUGCUGUUGCUUUGCGCCAGUCUGAGAUCAAGUUCUACUAGUUGGUGGGGGGAAAAAAAGGUUUUGGUGGAAAGAUCAAGCUUGUGCACAACACCAAUGCUGGAUAUCGCAUGACCGAUGCAGAGCUGCAGAGAAAGAGAGAGACACUGAGAGAGAGAGAGAGCAAGGGAGAGAGAGGGAGAGGACGGGGGGGUCGGGAUUCUUGCGUUCGGGGAGAAAGCUGGAAGAGCAUAUUCGCUGAUCUGCGCUCGCUUUGGACGGUGGCUAAAAAAAAAAGAAAAAAGACGCGCAUACUUCCAGUCGGUGCGCAUUUGGAGGGAAGUCAAGGUUUAAAAAUGCAUGCGGCAAACCCGGUGUGAUGUGAUGUUGGAUUACAGCGCUCUUUUCUCAGCCAUGUAUGAACUUUGGUUCUGGCUGCUCUUCCGAGACGACGCCGCUGAUUUCAGCCGGUCGGACUCGGGAGCCGCGCUGGCGUGAAUGAGCUCUCCCCCCUCCUUCUCCCGGAUCAGACGCCACUCUUAACAAGCGGCUGCUGUAUGGAGCCUAACACAGAGGAGACUUGACUUGUUUGUUUAUUUAAUUCUUUUUUUUUUUUUUUUUUUUUUUUUUUAUGUUUUUACUUUUUGAAUAAACUGAUUUGCGAUCGAAUGAAGGACGGCUGAAAAUCACAGGCGGAGGAAAAGAUAAAUCAAUGUUUCCCACUAAGAUUGGAGAGAAAAGACCGUGAUUUUCGGGAUGCCUUGACGUUCAGAGGGAUCAGCACGAUGACACCUCACACUGGCACCACACUCGAGUGAGCCGGGACAUCCUCUCCCAGGACAAAAUGCAUAUCUGGAUUCUAAAAAUAAUCCUUCUGAUUGCAUCAUCUCCGAGGCUGGUCGAGAUGUAUGACAAUUAUGGGGAGAUCUGCCGGAGCCUGUGCACGUGCGAUGAGAAGGAGGGGAUCCUGACGGUGAGCUGCGAGGACCGGGGGAUUGUCAGACUGACCGAAAUCAGCCCGGUUCAGUACCCAAUGUACCACCUCCUGCUGACAAGGAACCUCCUCAAGAAGCUGUCUGUCAAUGAUUUCAUCAAUUACACUGGGGUUACCAUCCUGCACUUGGGGAACAAUGAUAUCUCUGAGAUUGAGUCAGGUGCCUUCAAUGGACUCCAGGGAUUAAAAAGGUUGCACCUGAAUAACAACAAGAUUGACCUUCUGAGGGAUGACACUUUUACAGGUCUGGAAAGUUUGGAAUACCUUCAAAUAGAUUAUAAUUAUAUUACAAACAUAGAGCCCAAUGCGUUGAGCAAACUACACCAUCUAACAGUAAUGAUUUUGAAUGAUAAUUUACUCUCUGCCCUCCCCCCAAAUAUAUUCCGGAAUGUCCCCCUUACACAUUUGGAUCUGAGGGGGAACCGACUAAAAAUGUUUCCUUACAUUGGCCUCUUGGAGCACAUGGACAAAGUUGUGGAAUUACAGCUUGAGGAAAAUCCGUGGAACUGCUCCUGUGAGCUCAUUGCUCUUAAAGCUUGGCUUGAAAGCAUAGCGUACACCGCUUUGGUUGGAGAGGUAGUGUGCGAGACACCUUUCAGGCUUCAUGGCAGAGACCUGGAUGAGGUGACCAAGCAGGAGUUGUGUCCGCGGAGACCCAUUGAGGACACAGUCAGGCCUGCACCACCCAGCAGCACCAAUGGAUAUUAUCAAACCACACCUGCUGCUGUCACAGUCUCUGCCACCUCUCCAGCUGUUUUUAGGUCCUCCUCCAGGCCUACCAAGGGUCCACGGCAAUUUAACAGAACUAGGUUAAAGCCCACCGCUCGGUUACCGGGUGGUAACCCGUAUAACUAUGGCCCCAUCAUGACUUUUCAGACCAAAUCUCCUGUGCCUUUGGACUGCCCCACUGCCUGCACAUGUAAUCUGCAGAUUUCUGAAAUUGGGUUAAAUGUCAACUGCCAAGAGAGAAAGAUUGAAAGCAUUUCUGAUCUAAAACCCAAGCCAUACAACCCUAAAAAAAUGUAUCUUACUGGAAAUUACAUCCCUGUGGUGCGAAGAUCUGAUUUUGUUGAUGCUACUGGAUUGGAUUUGCUUCACCUGGGAAACAACAAGAUAAGUGUGAUUCAUGACAGGGCUUUUGGGGAUUUAACAAACUUGCGUCGGCUGUAUUUAAAUGGUAAUCUCAUGGACAGACUUACAGGGGAGAUGUUUUUUGGCUUGCAGAACUUGCAGUACCUUUAUUUAGAGUACAACAAUAUCAAGGAGGUGGAGGCUGGCACUUUUCGCUACCUGCCUAAUCUGCAGCUGCUUUUCCUCAACAACAACCUCCUUAAAACUUUACCCAUGGGCAUCUUUUCCAGCCUCUCUCUGUCUCGGCUUAAUCUGCGCAGCAACCAUUUCCAAAACCUGCCUGUUAGCGGUGUUUUAGAUCAGCUCAAGUUACUUGUACAGAUAGAUCUGUUUGACAAUCCUUGGGACUGUUCAUGCGACAUAGUGGGGAUGAAGAUAUGGCUCGAGCAGCUCAGUGCAGGCACAGUAGUUAAUGAGGUUGUGUGUAAGACGCCCACACGGCACACUGGGAUGGAUCUGCGUUCAAUCCACUCUGAGCAGUUGUGCCCAGACUACACUGAUUCUUAUAUCUCACCAACUCCCCCCACAGAGGAGCCCAUGGACGACCAUGUUGUCACAACAGAUGCUCCCCCGAAAUUUAACACCACCAGGAGCACGGUUCCCCUGUCAGUCCUCAUCCUUAGCCUCUUGCUGGUUUUCAUCAUGUCUGUCUUUGUUGCUGCAGGGCUCUUUGUUGUAGUAAUGAAAAGGCGCAAAAAGUCACAAAGCGACCGCACUAGCACCAACAAUUCUGACGUUAGCUCCUUUAACCUGCAAUACAGCCUUUAUAGCAAUCGCUCUGGCCCAAAAGUCAAAGCCCCAGUUGGUCACGUUUAUGAGUAUAUUCCCCACCCCAUGGGGCACAUGUGCAAAAACCCUAUUUAUAGGUCGCGAGAAGGAAAUACAGUGGAGGAUUACAGAGACCUGCACGAGCUCAAGGUGACAUAUCGGAGUACCCAGGAUGAGGAGAGGGAUGGUAGCACCUUGAGGAGUCCUGCCUACAGCGUCAGCACCAUCGAGCCGCGUGACAACCCCUCACCUGUUCAGGAUGCAGACCAUUUUUUCAGGGGCAUUCUGGAGCCGGAUAAGCAGUCCCCGCAUCAGUCUAUCCCAUCGAUCCCAGCAGCCAAUUUAGAGUACAAGUACACUGGGCCUGUGUCAUACACAUACAACCCAAAUUUUGAUGUCAGACGGCAGUUCUUGCACCCGGAGAGGAUAAGAGAAACUGUGCUCUACAGCACAGCACCCAGUACUGUUUAUGUAGAGCCCAACAGGAACGAAUAUUUGGAACUUAAAGCUAAACUGCAAUCUGAGCCUGAUUACCUCGAGGUCCUUGAGAAACAGACCACCUUUAGUCAGUUUUGAGCAACACAGUCGGUAAUGUUAAUGAGACACUUUCUCUGUUGAAACUCCUUAAAAGAGUGGCUCAGUUUAUUAUAGGGUGCCUUGGCACAGAAACACACAAGCGAAGGCAAGGGAGCUAGGACGGGGUGUGCCGAACAAUCAAUUCUUUCUGAAACUCGACAGCAAGAAAAGGGAUACAGCUGUCUGACACAUAGAUGAACAAACUCCACUGACGAUGCAAAUUUUAUUUUUUUAAAGAGAAGAUGGAAUAGCAUAAAAUGUAAGUGUACUGGUAAAUCCUAUUCAACUUCAUUUUCAGGAAUAUAACCGUACAUAAAAAAAAAGGUAUAUUGUGAAUCAGAAGAGAGAAAUUGUUUAUAAAAUCCCUCCUGGACAAAAAAGAGAGAAAAGAAACACUUGUACAGCAGAUGAUCAGAACUGUGUAGGACUAUUUUCUGCUGUAGUCUGUAAGUAAAUAUUUAUUAAUAUAAUCUGCCAUGUCUUUUAAAAAAAACAACUUUGAUUCUACAUCAGAUAUUAACUGUGUCAUAUUCCAUGAUCUUCUGGAAAAAAAGGCUUAUGUUUGUAGUUUCAUUUACUGUAGCUCUGCAUUGUAACAGUGGCUUUUUUAUUUUCUUUGAAAGUGGCACACCCCCAAUUGUUCAAAAACAGACUGCAUCAUUUGAAGAUCCAAGAAAAAAGGGAAAAAAAUAGUGUCUUUGUAUGCUUUCUGCACUUUUUUGAAAUUGGAAGGCAGGUUUGCCUUCAUUGAGCUCUCAUAAAGGAGAUUAUGAUAUUAAAAAUGAAUAUGAGUAUUCAUUCUUAAUAUAUAGAAAUGAUAUGUUAUCAAAACUAAAUUCUUAAAUAUUUGAAUUAUUCAUUAUGUUGUGUAAUACUGAUAUUUUAAUCUCUGUAACACCUAUUUUUAUACAAGCAUUGGCAGAUUCUCUAUCCCUUAUUAGUUUCUUUGUUUUGAUUGCUUUGCACUUAUUGCACUAUAUUGACCAAACUAUGUUAUUGUCAUCAAAUAAAAAAAGAUGUCAGGUUCAUAUAUUGUGCUUAUGAGGAAAAGUAAAGUGUUUGAUUGGUAUGAAGACGA